UUAGUGCGCAUCGCAGCAGCAACUCCACGGCAAACUCUUCCCACGAUCACCCCCACGAGAGCCGACUUGUCCUCCUCCUUCUCCUCCUCCCCCCCUCUCCUCCUCCCUACACUCCCGGUGCCAGUCGGACCUGUAUGGCCCCAUCGACCGCCAUGUCAGCUCUGACCGCUGGUUUGAAAACUGAAGAUCUCCCUCCUCGCUCGGUUCUCGUCAGCAGAAGCGAAAUGCAGACCAGCCUGAGCCCCGCGGAGGACACCGGGAAGCCCAAAGUGGCGAUUCUGCCCUUCAGCGUCGAGGCGCUCAUGGCUGAUAGGAAGCCCAGCAGAGAGGUGCCAUCCCCGGAUGCCCCGUCCGUGGCAGGGACGUCCCAGGCGCUGGGGAAGGGCGCACGGAUGGGCUCUUUCGGUAGUCUGGAUACAGUGGCUCCAGCUUUACCCAUGAGCUCUUCGUUCUCGGUGGGCGAGCUCAUGAACAUGCCAGAAGACGUGCUGAUUAAACCCGAGAGCCCGGAUAGUAAAGAGAGGACUUCGUGGAUACAGAAUCCUCGCUUUUCUCCAACACCUCCAAGAAGGUUAAGUCCUCCUGCCUGUCCGCUGAGGAAACACAAGACGAACAGAAAGCCCCGGACUCCCUUCACCACGUCCCAGCUGCUCGCCUUGGAGAGAAAGUUCCGCCAGAAGCAGUACCUUUCUAUCGCCGAGCGCGCAGAGUUCUCCAGUUCCCUCAACCUGACGGAGACCCAGGUUAAAAUCUGGUUUCAGAACAGGAGAGCCAAGGCCAAGCGGCUGCAGGAGGCAGAGCUUGAAAAACUGAAAAUGGCAGCUAAGCCCAUGCUGCCUCCGGCUUUCGGGAUUUCCUUUCCCCUCGGUGCGCACGUCCCCGCGUCCUACGCAGGGUCGCACCCGUUCCAGAGGCACUCGCUGCCGGUUUCUCCCGUGGGACUGUACGCCGCUCACGUCGGAUACAGUAUGUACCACCUGGCUUGACAGGGACCGAGGGCGACGCGCAGCGGGACACAAAAGGGGGUUAAGACAACUCUGUGAGAGACAGAGAGGAGAGGAGAGGCCCUUCGGAGCGCCGAGGUGACGCUGUACUGAAUAAAGAAGCAUCCUGGUGGUGAAGUCAGUGUCACAUCUUGUCAAAGGGGGGCCGAGGCCUCCUUACAGACCCCUUCUGAAGACCUUGAGGUUUACCCACUUCUGUUUACCUCGCCAGUAAGUUCACACACUGCAAAAAUAAUCCAACGUCAUUCAAGUCUUAAAUUUGUUGAUUUUUUUUCCUCUCUCGGUUGACUUUAAAUAUAAAACAAAGUACGUGAAAAUCUUAUUUUUUAGAGAAAUAAAAUGAGACUAAAUGACUUCAAGAUGGACAUUUUUUGCGGUGCAGAGGUGGAGAACAACUUGUAGCCGUGUGAUUUGUCAUGAAUGGACAGCCAGUGUGGACAGUCCAGCUCUCCACAGCCACGUGAAAGGUGACACGGCUGCUUAGACUGUCGCGCAGCUUGACAACAAACUUUUGUGGGCUGCUGUCACACCACAAAUCCAUACUUUUUUUUUCCCAAUUUGUUAUUUUUUUUUGCAUUCAUAUCAAUGCGUAACUAUAGUGGGUUACUGAAUCCAGUGUCAAUGAGUGCUCUUUGUGAAUUUCGAGAACCACAGCAUUUGUUUUUCUUUAUUAUUAUUAUUUUUUUUUAUAACAGCACUGUCUGUUGUCGGAUUGAUUCCCUUCGGAAGGGAUAUGUGUACUGUAAAAUAAUGUAUAUUUGAAGAAUAUCCUCAUUUAUAUUAUGAAUAUAUUUGUGACAUAACUUAACAAUAAAUUGUUUAUUCUUUUUCAUUAA